AAGUCUCCUCUUUCUGUAGCCUUAUUCACUUUGUGUUUUUUUUUUUGGUUUAUAAUCACAGCAGAAAUAUUCACACAGUACCUCCUGGUUUCUCUUUCUCUACCAUCCAUGGGAAUCCAAAUAACUGGGUUCUGUCUCAUCUUAUUAUUCUUUUUUUAUCAUCUUCCUUGUGCUCUAAGCCAGCAAGAACGAAGUGAGUUAUGUGAUUCUUAUUCUUAUCAGUGUGGUGACAUCACGGCCUUUUAUCCCUUGUGGGGAGAGAAUUGCGUUGGCGAAUCGGAUUACCCUACUCUGAAACUUAGCUGCAACAAAUUCUCAAAUACAACAACUCUUACAAUCUCAGGCCACAACUACAGUGUCCUCCAUAUAGAGAACUACUACAUGGAGUAUUUCCCACGCCACGGCAUUUCUAAGAAUCUUAGACUUUCCAGACAGGAUUUCUCCGACCCUUUCUGUUCUGCUUCAUUUAACUCCACACCUUUGCCUUCAGAUCUCUUCCAAAUUUUGCCAUCUUAUAAAAGCCUCACUGUGUUCUACGCUUGUGACCCUCGUCGUCAUUUCCUUGGGAAUUUCACAUGUCCAGUGAAAGGUCUUGGCUCUGUGAUUCAAAACUCUAUGUAUCAUAAACUUUGCGAUGAGAGUUUCAGCGUCACAGUUCCUACGAGUUUUGUUCCAGAGGAAGAAGCUCUGAAUUUCACCAAUUUGGAAAGUGUUUUGAGAAAAGGUUUCGAGGUGAAGCUGACUUUAUCUGAUGGAAUGUACCGCCAGAAUCGUGUCAUACUAAUAAUAAUCGGUACAGUUUUGUUCUGGGAGAAAAGGAAACCAAAGUCUCUGAGAGAUGAGAACCUUGAUGCGCUUGUAACCCUGAGACGGUAUAGUUAUGGAGAAAUCAAGAAAAUUACAAAAUCAUUUGCACAAGUAGUUGGACGAGGAGGAUUUGGAACUGUAUAUAAAGGGAUGUUACACAAUGGUCGUAAAGUAGCCGUGAAGCUCUUGAAGAAUUCAAAGGGAAACUUGGGAGAUUUCAUCAACGAAGUCGCAAGCAUGAGCAAAACAUCUCAUGUUAACAUUGUUUCUUUGCUUGGUUUCUGCUAUGAAGGAUCUAAAAGAGCGAUUGUGUAUGAAUUUCUAGAAAAUGGAUCUCUAGAUCAUUCGUUGAGUCUUGAUGUCAGUACACUAUAUAGAAUCGCGCUAGGCGUUGCUCGGGGAAUAGAGUACUUGCACUUUGGUUGCAAAACAAGGAUUGUGCAUUUUGACAUUAAACCACAGAAUGUAUUGUUAGAUGAAAAUCUCCGACCCAAAGUUGCUGAUUUUGGCCUCGCUAAGCUCUGUGAGAAUCAAGAAAGCAUCUUGUCAUUGCUUGACACGAGAGGAACUAUAGGAUACAUCGCUCCAGAACUGUUUUCAAGAGUGUAUGGGAAUGUAUCUCACAAGUCGGAUGUGUACAGCUACGGAAUGUUGGUUCUUGAGAUGACCGGAGCAAGGAACAAGGAAAGAGUCCAAAAUGCUGAUUCGAACAAUAGCUCGGCUUACUUUCCAGAUUGGAUCUAUAAGGAUCUUGAAAAUGGAGAUUACGUAAAGCAUCAUGGCGAUGGACUAACCCGAGAGGAAGAAGAUAUUGCGAAAAAAAUGAUCUUGGUGGGUCUAUGGUGUAUUCAGUUCUGCCCAUCAGACCGUCCAUCAAUGAACAAAGUUGUAGAGAUGAUGGAAGGAAGUUUGGAUUCUCUUAAUCCUCCUCCUAAGCCUCUUUUGCAUAUGCCUAUGCAAAAUAUUGCAGAAUCAUCUCAGCCAUCAGAGGAGGAAAGCUCAAUUUACUCAGAAGUAUGAUUCUUUGAUUGUUGUGAAUAUUUAUAUUCUUGUAUGAUGAUGUUCGAGUAAAUUUUCUUUUAUUCCAGUCCAAAACUAAAUAAAUUUGAAUAAGUUGU